UCCCGCCCCGCCCCGCUAUCCACCCCGCCCCGAACCUGCACUUCUUAAGUCUUCCUCUAGGGAGCAGGGCAAUGAGACUGACUGCGCGACUGAUGAAGGUGUUUAUUACCCGGAGGAUCCCCCCUGAGGGGCAGGCCCUGCUGGACCAGGCCAAAAUUUGUAAAGUACAGCAUUGGAACACAGAUGAACCUAUACCAAGAGAGGAUUUGUUGAAAGGCAUUGCCGGAGCACAUGGUCUGCUUUGCCUUUUGAGUGAUAAAGUAGACAAAAAAGUCCUGGAUGCUGCAGGAUCCAACCUUAAAGUAAUCAGCACACUGUCUGUGGGAGUUGACCAUCUUGACCUGGUUGAAAUUAAAAAGCGAGGGAUCCGUGUGGGCUACACGCCAGACGUUCUGACCGAUGCCACAGCAGAGCUUGCAGUUGCCUUACUCCUCACCACCUGUCGGCGGCUGCCUGAGGCCAUAGGGGAGGUGAAAAAUGGUGGUUGGACUUCAUGGAAGCCACUCUGGUUGUGUGGCUAUGGGCUUACAAACAGCACAGUUGGAAUUAUUGGUCUGGGAAGGAUAGGCCAAGCUAUCGCCCGUCGUCUAAAACCAUUUGGAGUCCAGAGAUUUUUAUAUACUGGACGUCAACCCAAGCCCAAGGAGGCUGCUGAAUUCCAAGCAGAGUUUGUGCCAAUUCAUCAGCUGGCAGCUGAAUCAGACUUUGUUGUGGUGACUUGUGCUUUAACCUCUGAAACCAAGGGACUCUGCAACAAGGACUUCUUCCAGAAAAUGAAAAACACUGCUGUGUUCAUCAACAUAAGCAGGGGAGAUGUGGUGAACCAGGAGGACCUUUACCAGGCUUUGCUUAAUAACCAGAUUGGAGCUGCUGGGCUAGAUGUCACAACCCCUGAACCACUGCCCACAAACCAUCCUCUCCUUUCACUGAAGAAUUGUGUGAUUCUACCACAUGUGGGAAGUGCUACCCAUGGAACCCGAAACACUAUGUCAGUGAUAGCAGCUAAUAACUUAUUGGCUGGCCUAAAGGAUGAGCCGAUGCCAAGUGAAUUCAAACUAUGAAGAUUUUAAACAAGCAGAAAUUCACAAUUGAGGAAGCAUUAAUAAAAUAAUUAAUAUUUUUCACUUCUGUUAAACAGAAGUAUGUUACUUUCACCUAAAUGUUUCUGUUGUAAUUAAAGAGAACAAACCCCCAUACACACAUACAGCUGACUCAAAACUACAUGAAAGGUACCUAGGAAUAACAUUUACUUUGUGAUUAUCCACUAAUUUAGGAAACAAAGAUGUCAAUGUAUAUGGCACUUUUCUUGAUGAAUUUAUCUAGUCUAAAUUGAAUUUCAAAAUUAAAUGGCUUUUGAAUUGCUUAA